GAAGACAGCCGAGAGAAACGCGCCGGUGCAAGAAAGCUUUGAAGGAAAUCUACAAGAAAGCGCGACGCUCCCUCUGAAACUAACGGCACCCUUCUCACUGCAAUCAGGCUGCUUGCUAAUAGAGCUCUCCUCCAGCUCUUUCCCAGCCUGCGACCGGCUGGUACCAAUCAAGCAGGGGCUUCGCUGCAGCAGGGGAGUGGCACAGCGAGGCUGGAGAGCAGAGAUACAUCCCACUGCCUUCUAGCCAACGAGAGGCCGAGAAAGAUAAGAGGAGAGGUACUGACAGUCCCAGACAGACAGACAGACUGACAGGCGGCGGUGAGAGUCUUGUGGAAUCGAAGAUGGCGUUGCUGUGGUUCCUGGUUGCUUUAGGGGUGCUCUCCUCUUCACUGGGAGACGAGGAAUCCCUCGUGAGAAAACGGAGAGGAACACGCAAGUUCAGAGAGCACUGUAAGGACUGGCUGUCCACAGAGGUUCACAGUCAAGGGGAGACGUGGCUGCGCUGGCAUGGCCGGAGCGUGGAAUACUGCCGCUGUGCCAACGGGAACAGCAGAUGCCACGCGGUGCCCGUUGUGGAAUGCAGCAGGACUCGAUGCUACAACGGGGGCUCCUGCAAGCAGGCUCUCUACUCCCCCGAAUUUAUCUGCAGCUGCCCCAGCGGCUUCAUGGGACCCCAGUGUGAGAUCGACACGGCAGAGAAGUGCGUCACUGGGCGUGGGGGAGGGUACCGCGGAACCUGGGCGCAGAGCCAGUCCUCCAUCGACUGCCUGAACUGGAACUCCAGUAUCCUCAUCGACAAGAAGUACAACGCGAGGAGAAACGACGCCCUGCAGCUGGGCCUGGGGAACCACAACUACUGCAGGAAUCCUGAUAAUGACACUGCGCCCUGGUGCCAUGUGUACAAAAACAAGCAGCUGGUGUGGGAGUUCUGCAGUGUGCCCAGCUGUGCCCAGGGCAACUUGGCGGAGUGCUACGCUGGCACCGGCUCCUCGUACCGUGGCUCGCGGAGCAGCAGUCGCACGGGCGCCCGUUGCCUGAGCUGGGACUCUUCCGCCCUCGCCAAGAAAGCCUACACCGCCUGGAGAGCCGACGCCAGGCAGCUCGGGCUGGGCAGCCACAACCACUGCAGGAACCCAGACAAUGACAUCAAACCCUGGUGUCACGUGUACAGAGGCAGAGCCCUCACCUGGGAGCACUGUGACCUGCCCAAGUGCGUGGGUCACCUGGGCAGCAGCUCUACUGUGGGCUCCCCAGGAUUGCUGAGUGGAGACGGCAAUGCAGUCGAGAGCUGUGGGGAGCGGCUGGCCCCUGUCUCUCAGUACCGGAUUAAGGGGGGUCAGGUCUCCAGCAUCACCUCUCACCCCUGGCAGGCUGCUCUCUUCGUGUACAACCGCCACACCCGUGCCGACUCCUACUUCUGCGGGGGUGUUCUGAUUGGCUCCUGCUGGCUGCUGUCUGCCGCCCACUGCUUUGAGGAACAGUUCCAUCCUGAUCGGCUCAAGGUAGUGAUGGGUCGCACCUACCGGCUUCAGAACUCCACCAAUGAGCAGAUCUUCAGAGUGGAGAAAUACUUCAUCCACGAGCAGUACGACGGCGAGACCUUCGACAACGAUAUAGUUUUAGUGAAGCUGAUGAGUGACUCGGGGGCGUGUGCUCUGGAGACCUCCUUCGUCCGGCCGGUCUGCCUCCCCGAUCCCGGCCUCUCCCUCCCGGACUGGUCUGAGUGUGAGAUCUCUGGCUACGGCAAGGAGGAGGAGUUCUCUGCCUUCUACUCUGAACGCCUGAAGGAGGGUCACGUCCGGCUCUGGCCAUCCCGAGACUGCACCUCGGACCGUCUCUCCGGCCGGCUCGUCACGGAGAACAUGCUCUGCGCCGGACACAUGCGUGAGCCGGACGAUGCCUGCAAGGGCGAUUCUGGGGGUCCCCUGGUUUGCUCCAGCGGGGGGAGGAUGAACCUCAUUGGCAUCAUCAGUUGGGGCGAUGGCUGCGGGAAGAAAGACACCCCAGGGGUUUACACCAGAGUGAGCAAAUACCUGAGCUGGAUCAACGGCAAGAUCAGCCAGGAGACACGGUAGAGAGGAGCCAGCGAGACAGAGAGAGGACCAGCCAGCCAGCAAACACACAACACACACACACACACACACAGCCUGGACCGUCUGGCUAAAACCACUUCCCCUUUAAUAUCACAAUGGCAGACACCUGGCCUGGACUCGCUAGCCCCCCCUGUGGGAUCUGUGAGGGAAGCAGUUCUGCGCUGUGUGGAUCACUGUUACCAGGACCCUCGACGUGCUUGAGCACCUUCCCACCUGCUGAGCGUCCGUCGUGUGUGUGUGUGUGUGUGGUGCCUAUGCUGGAUUGUGAAUGAAGCAGUCCAGGUCUCAGCUCAUGAUUAUAUCCGUUCCCCACUUGUUUCCAUGCACAAGGUUUAAAGCAGGUCUAAACCACUAUCGCCACCCAGAAAGACUGCAUUUCAACAAUCAGACAGAGAGACUCUCCUGUAUACUGCAGAAGAGACUCCUCCAACCCCACCAGUACUGUUUUUAAACUCCUCCGUUGUGGUUCAGUGCAGAGAGUCUGAAGGCUGUUGCACAGUCCAGUAAGACUCAACACACCACGAGACUUUUUAAAAAGUUUUAUGAUUGUCGUCAUUAUUAUUAUUUAUUUUUAAUUGUGUAUUUUUGUGCAUAUAAUAAUUGUAUUGGUUAAUCUGUAUUAUAUCAGAUUUAAUUUCUUUGUAUGUUUUUAAAAUAUAUAUAUAUAUAUUCCACUUCCAUAAAAUAACUGUUUUUUUUUCGUUUUUUUUACUGUAGCCACCCGUAAUAAAUAAAUAAAGCAUGAGCCACUUGACCCCACCCCUAAAGUUUUUGUAACGGAAGAAAAGAUACGAGAUGUUGUUUAAGUACAAAUUUUUUUUUCAUCUGAAUAGACUGAGAAUUUC